AUGACAGAGUCCACCCUCACGGGUACCUGCUCCAGCGGCAACGAGUCGCCGCGCAAGAGGACGCCCAGCGGCAGCACCGUGGAGGAGGCCGGCGCGGUCGACAACACCAACAGCGCAAACAACAGCGCGGCAAACAACACCAGCGCCGGCAGCGCGGUGCACAUGCGCGCCGUCGCGGGCGUCGUGGUCAGCGGCGACCAGGACAGCGUCCUCGGCUGGCGCACCCGCACCAACGGCGGCGGCAGCUGCUCGCUGGACGGCGCGUCGGACGUCGGCAACAGCCAGCUCGGCGCCGCGUCCGCGCGCGGCAGCUUCGACUCGCGGCGCCACAUGAGCCUGCAGCAGCUGCAGAAGGCGAUCAAGAGCAUCAUGCUUACGGAUGGGGAGAUCUGA